AUGGGACGGUGGUGGCAGCUUGUGUUACGGCUGUGGACAGUCGUGCCCAUCUGGGCUGGGGACGAGCUGCUCAAUGUCUGCAUGAACACCAAACACCACAAGCGAGAGCCUGGCCCAGAAGACCAGCUCUACGAUGAGUGCACCCCCUGGAAAGACAAUGCCUGCUGCACGGCCAGCACAAGCUGGGAAGCCCACCUCGAUGUGUCCCUGCUUUACAACUUCAGCUUGAUUCACUGUGGGUUGAUGAUGCCAGGCUGUGAGAAGCACUUCAUCCAGGCCAUCUGCUUCUAUGAGUGCUCCCCAAACCUGGGACCUUGGAUCCGGAAGGUCAGAAGGCUGGGCUGGGAGAUGGACUUGGCUGGGCCAGGAGAGCGAAUCCUGGAUGUGCCACUCUGCCAGGAGGACUGCGAGCAGUGGUGGGAAGACUGUCGCACAUCUUACACGUGCAAGUCCAACUGGCACGGCGACUGGGACUGGAGUCGGGGGAAGAACCGCUGCCCUGCGAGGGCCGUCUGCCACCCCUUCCCCCAUUACUUCCCCACCCCCGCUGACCUGUGCGAGAAGAUUUGGAGCAACUCAUUCAAGGCAAGCCCUGAGGGCAGGAACAGUGGGCGAUGCCUGCAGAAGUGGUUUGAGCCCACCCAGGACAACCCCAAUGUGGCCGUGGCCCACCUCUUUGCCAGCACUGCCCCACCCUGGGAAGUCUCCUACAGUCUCCUGGCCUUCUCUCUGUACCUGUCAUUCCUAUCCUAA